UCGGGGUGCAGUGCGCAGAGAGGAGGGACGUGCCCCGGAGCUGAACAUUCCCACGAGAAGACCGCGAGCGGGCCUGGAACUUUUGGCAGCGGGACUUCCACACACAAGUGAGAAAGGCAAAGCCGAGGAAAAGGAUGCAAGCUUGGGUGCUGCUGGCCAGCUUCGCGUUGGCCGCCUGGCACUUCUUCCUCGCCGGUGCCCACAUGAUGCCCGACAACAGGCUGAGCAGCAACGAGGCGACCGUCCCGGGCAACCCCGAAUCAACUGCCAAAACCAGGAAAGAAAAAGAAGGCAAAAAAGAACAAGGUCGGCGGCAGGAGGCGCCCCCUGCCGCCCGCCGGGUGCGUCCCCCUGUGGGGCAGCUGCAAAUCGGCCGGAAAGGUUUGCUGCGACUUCUGCGCCUUCUGCCACUGCCGCAUCUUCAGGACCGUGUGCUACUGCCGCAUGGGAAACCCUCAAUGCUGAGGGCCCCUGGCCCCCCCAUGAGCUCCGAGUGCCCCCCCACCCCCCCCCGAACCCCGAGUGGCCCCCCCCGGGCCCCGAGUUUCCAAGCUUGCCUGAAGUUGACUGCAUGAAAGCACUUUAACACGGACUGCAUGUUAGCAUACAUAUGCCAAGCUUAUGACGACAUUUAGCGAA